AUGGCACCGCCGCCAGAAAUUGCUAUUCCUUCAACGAGCGUUUCCGACGAGGGCUCCAAGAAACCUUACACACUCUACAAUAUCACACUUCGACUACCUCUGCGCUCCUUUGUCGUUCAAAAGCGAUACUCAGACUUCGAUGCCCUCCAUCAGGCUCUGACGCAACAAGUCGGAGCUCCGCCACCAGAACCACUACCAGCGAAACACUGGUUGAAGUCGACUGUCAACUCAGUCGAAUUGACCCGAGACCGCCAGGCAGGACUCGAGAAAUAUCUACGAGCGAUUGCGGAGUCGCCCGAUCGACGAUGGCGUGACACAUCAGCUUGGAGAGCCUUCCUGAACCUGCCAAGCUCGAGCACCACCAACUCGGCGAUUUCAGCGGGCGGCAUGAUUAAGAGUGCCGUCGCUGGUGCCGCUGAUCCAGGAACAUGGUUAGACAUUCACCGAGACUUGAAGCAGAAUCUUCACGAGGCUAGACAAUGUCUGUCGCGGCGAGAUGCUGCUGUUGAUAACGGCAAUUCAACGGCCGCCGCGGAAGCGGGGGCAGCGGCCAAAAGGGUUCUCGUCCGAAGUGGAACGUUGAUCGCAACACUUGCGGACGGGCUACGAAAGAUACAAGAGUCAAAACGACUGGGCGAGGGUGAGCUGCGGCGUCGCCGGGAUCUGGUUUCCCAAGCCCGCAUGGAACGCGAGGGCUUAGAUAAGCUUUCCAACAGCAUGCCCAAUUCCACGUCAGCUUCAGGAAGAGGCGGCUUGAGUCAAGGCCAGGCCUCAGCAACCGACAAAGCUGGACUACUGAAGGGAGGUCGUCCGGCUGGUCGUGUCCUGGGUGCUCCUUUGCCGGAGACUGAUAAGACCCGAGAAUUGGGCAACGAAGGAGUACUGCAGCUACAGAAGGAAGAGAUGCAAAACCAAGACCUCGCUGUUGAACAGCUCACUGCAGUCAUUCGACGACAAAGAGAGAUGGGCGAGCGAAUCCAUGAAGAGGUCGAAGAUCAGAUCCGUCUACUGGAUGAACUGGACCAGGACACCGACCGCACAGGGGCCAAACUGAAGGUCGCAAACAACCGGAUCAAGAAGAUGUGA